GGGGCCGGGGCCGGGGCCGAGGCCGAGGGCAGGCCGGGGCGGCGGCACGGGAGAGCGGAGGAGCUGCGGCAGAGCGGGCCGAAGCCGCCAUGGUGCUGGUGGUGGUGAUGGGCGUGAGCGGCUCGGGAAAGACCACAGUGGGGUCCCACCUGGCUGCCAAGCUGGGAUGGAAAUUCUAUGAUGCAGACGAUUAUCAUCCUCCAGAGAAUAAAAAGAAAAUGGCAGGAAGGAUACCACUAAAUGAUGAGGACAGGAUUCCUUGGCUUUGUACAUUGCACAAUAUACUAAGGAGAGAAGACUUAUCUAGACAAGAUGCAGUUCUGGCCUGUUCUGCACUGAAGAAGAUGUAUAGGCGUGUAUUAGUUAAUGGAGCAUCUGCAAUUGAGCCAGAGCAACCACGAGAAAAGCCACCACUAAAAAUCCUCUUUGUUCAUUUGGAUGGGCCUAUAGACGUCAUUGCUGAGCGCCUGAAGAAGCGGAGAGGUCAUUUUAUGCCACCUGAACUUCUCAAGUCUCAAUUUGAUACUCUGGAGCCUCCUAGUGAACCAGAGAACUUCAUUACUGUCAGUCUAGAAAAACCUUUCCCUGAAAUAGUGCUAGAGAUUGAGAGUGCCAUUCUUCAGGGUGAGGCAUUGGUGGAGUAAUUUUCUCAAUGGCACAUAUAGAAAUUCCCUUGAGGAUAUCAAGGUUAUGAAAGGGGAUUUUAAUUAUUAAAUUGAUUAUUAAAUCAACUUAUUAUUCAUUAUACUUAAAUGGACUGCAAUAUUAAGAGCUGGUUUACUACUCUUGGGUUUUUUUCACCAGAGCUCUGCGAAAGACAUAAAAUGUAUAAUUUUCAAGAACUUUCAACUUUUUAAACCCUUCACUAUACGAAAUCAAAACUCUCAUUCUAGUAAGAGCCUGCUUUUGAAAAUCCUACCAAGGGUCACAGAGAAUAAUUUAUUUUCUUAAUUUUAGUAUUUACUCUGUCAAGACAUGGAGAUGGGCACAUCUGCUAUUACGAGACUAAGUAAUUUACAGCUUUUCUAGAAACAAUAUAUUUUUCUAGAAGAAGCAGGAACAUGCAUAAUGAAGUUCCUGACACUACCACUGUCUCACUGCCAAAUUUUCAACAAGUUGCAGCCUCUGAGUUUGUGACCUCACCGACCUCACGAGAGCACCGAUGACUUCAUGAGAACUUCCGUGAACUCUUACUGUAUGCACUGAACACCACGCUAAAAAAUGUGAGAAUAAAAAGGCAGUGGUGGUGACGCAAUAUACAAAAUACAAAAUUGUAUGGAUAGCUUUGGAAAUAAAGUAUAAGUGGCAUCA